AUGUUCACCACCGGCUCGCAGGAGUUGUCGGACAUCGCCAAUGCUCUCGCAUCCAACGGGACGGAGUGGCGAUUCAAUCCUCCUGCUGCUCCUCAUUUCGGCGGCAAGUGGGAGGCCGUCGUCAAGAGCACCAAAUUCCACCUACGACGACUGAUUGGGGAAUCACUGCUCACGUAUGAAGAAUUCUUGACUCUCCUCAUCCAAAUCGAGGCGAUAUUGAAUUCUCGUCCACUGUGUCCGUUAUUUGACGAUCCUUCCGAUGUUGAAGCGUUAACGCCUGCUCAUUUCCUUAUAGGUAGCUCACUAGCCACGUUACCGGAGCCCUCCUUAGAACAUGUGCCGACAUCGAGGCUCUCACGCUGGCAAAGCUUGCGACAAACGAUUGAUCGAUUCUGGACGAGAUAG